GGGGGGCCGGGGCAGCCGCCACGUCCCCGGCGCCACCGCCCACGUGCCCGAGCGGGGAAGUUGCGCCGCGGAGCUGCCGUCCCGCAGUCUUGCAGGUGCCUCUGGAAUUCCUGAGGUGAAGUGACUUAGAAAAGGAGUCUGACUGCAUGCAGAGCUGGUGGGGUCUGGCCUGCUCAGGUACUGGGAUGGCCAUAGCCCAGAGUGCAGCCAUUAAUAUUCUGUCUGUAAGCUGUGGGAGACACUGAAGAAGAACCAUGCCUAGGGACAUGACUCCUCAGCCCCUCUGAAAGGUCAGACGGAGGACUGAACUUCUGUGCUGCUGUCACUUGGUGUUCUCAGGCACUUAGCUUUAGCUUUUCAGUGUCACGUUGGAGCUCUGCAGUGUCAGAGAGAAGAGGUGGGCUCUGUGAAAUGGAUGUUUCCAACAACUGUACAAAGCCAACGGUCAUUUUCUUGACUUGACAACUGACAUGGUUUCUUUCCAGUCAGCGGAUUCCUGCUUUUGGGGGAAACUUUGCUAUGAUUUUUGCACCGCCAACCAAUUGAAGGAGAAGGAAUUCUUCAACCCUUUGUUUCGAAAGACCUUGGACCGUGCUCCUCCAGCUUCCUUUGAUCCACUGUUUUGGUGAACAAAAGAUCCUAAGAGGAGGAUGAGGCAGCUAAGAGGAAAACCCAAAAAAGAGACCUCCAAAGAUAAAAAGGAGCGAAAACAGGCAAUGCAAGAGGCCCGGCAACAGAUCACCACCGUUGUGCUUCCCACGCUGGCUGUUGUAGUUCUGCUGAUAGUUGUAUUUGUGUAUGUAGCGACUCGUCCAAACACAACUGAAUGAUGCAGCUUUUCAGACUUUCUAGCUUUAAGGUAUUAAUGAUUUUGUCAAGAGCCAAAAGAACUCUCUGCCACUCUUCUAGUAUUUUACAAAGGAACUUCCUGGUAUUUUCAGUCUUUCUCUUCAUUAGGGACCUGCAGAUUCUCUUUAGGAAUGUAACAUAAAACGUAUUAGUGAAGGUGCCAGUACGUUUUAUGGUCCAGUUCAUGUGCCUUUCAGACUUUUAAAAUGGUGUUUUUCUUAAAUCUGUUUGAAGCUCUAUAUUGUAAAAGGAAAUCAUGUUCUGCUAUAAAUUUGUAAAAAAUCAGCUUUCAGCUUUUAUCACUGUUCUGUAUAAUGUUGCUCUCAUGAGCUCUUGUAUGUCUAUUUCAGAACUUCCAAAGAAGUACAUUUCUUCUUUGUACUUAAUGUCAUAUGAAGUGCUUUGAUUCAGAAGGGAUAUAUUUAUUUUUUGAAUAAAAGAGAGAAGUCUUACUUGGAAUCUUCAAAUUAUUUUGCAAAAAAAAUAUGACUUAUUGUGAAAGCCUACAUUGUGUAAUAAUUUUUUCAUUAAAUACUAUGUACUUCACUCAAAAAGAAUUUCUUUUUGCUGUGAGAUGCCACCAUGCAAAGUGAAUACUUCAGAAUCUGCCAGAAGGAAUCUUAGAGAAGUUGGGAAGGGAGAUUCUACCAGUUUAUGAUGAAGUAACUAAUCAUGAACUACGUGCACACAGACAGUUGUUUAACUGAAUGUUAAGUAUCUAAACCUGUAUGAAGUGGCAAUAAAAAGGUGAUUUUGGAUACAGCCCUUGAUUGAUUUUUUAA